CCAAAUCAAUUCCGUAGAACGAAUUGCAAAAUAAUAGUGCAAUUAGAACUAUUCAGGGUUGUACUGCUUUGCAGAAAAUAUAAAAUUAAUAUGUCAUCGUCAUCCGAUAGGCUGAUGUCCUUUGCGGCCGGAGACCUGCAGAUGGUUGCGGUAGCGGAGAGGCAGGUAAAGGCGCUCCCUCCUCGGCCUACGCCAUCGUCUCCUUCCACUGCUCUAGUGGAGUAUACGCCGCCCCCACCCAACCCCGAAGAGGAGGACCUUGAGGUGAAACUACGGCGCAUUAAUGAAUGCGUACCUGUGCGAGUCAACAACACCUCCGGCAGUUCAGCUGGUUCUGGCUCCGGUGACUUCCAUCAGUACCGGCAAAUGAGACGGAAAGAACAAGAUAGGCUUGCAAGGAUGGAUUCCGAUUACCAGAAAAGGAAAGAAAUAACAGAAUUCAGCCAGAGAAGGGAAGACAGGUUAAAGGCUGCAGAGGAGCGCACAGCAAAAAAGCGUUUGAAACGACGGAAGAAGAAACAGAAGAAGCAAGAGAAGAAGACAAAGUUGAAUGCAGCAGGAGAAGAGCAUAAAAAGGAACAAACUUCGGAUGACGAUGGAGACUCGGAAAAUGAUGAAACUGAGUGAUGAUUGAGAUGUAUUCAUAUUUAUGCUCCAAAACCAUAGGUUGGUGCUUGGAUUUAAAAAGAGCCAUCUCGAUUAGACAUGGCAAGAGUAUCUGUCUCAAGUAUUCUAUGCUGUUUUUAUUGUCGUGACAAAUUUUUACAACCUUUUAAUUGAAUAAAUGGGUGAAAUAAAAAAAAGGGGGG